CAUCGUUUUUUCAUUUCGUAAGUGUCGGAAAUUUCAGUGGAAAUUAAUUAAUUUGCAUUAUUUUUAACGCCAGACGCUUGCAAAGCUUUUGAAAAGCUACAGCCGUCAAGUUCAAACCACCAGAUAGCUGGUCUAUUGACAACAAAAAAAAGCCCCAAAAACACAGACAAGAAACUACGAAAUUAAACAAAGAACCAAAGAAAAAAGUAAGGAAUUCAAUUUUAUUUUCACAAUCGAGUGGCAGGCGGAUCUUCCAGUCAUUGUCGUCUACGUCUCAAGGCCAAAGGGGCAGACAAGGGUGUGGGUGUGGUGUGUGUCUGUUGAGUUAAGAAAUUCCAUUGCAAUUAAACAUGAAAUUUGCUGCAACCAGAGCACAACAACAACAUUUUUGUAUUAUCGCCAAGCCAAAUAAAGCACGCCGCAAUCAAAUAAUCAACUUCAUUGCAAAAUCAACAUUCAACAAAAACGUGCAACACCGCCAGCAGCAGCAACAACACAAAAGACAAUUGUGCGGUAUUAAUAAAAAUUGGAAACAUCAAAGUUUUUGCAUAGCUGCAUCUUGAUUAAUAUUGCAAAAUCCAAUAAAUAAUUAUAGUUAAUUAACAUAAUUCCAAAAUUCUAACCAAAAAAACUUAACUUAAAAAGCAACUAAACUAGUAAAUUAAAACCACAAAGGAAAAAAAUCAAUCACACGUGCGUUUUUAGUUGCCGCCAAAGAAGUACCAGAAAGGAUUUCUUACGUCUCUGUGUGAGUGCGUGCGCGCGUGCGUGAGGGAAAAAGAGCAAGUCAGAGAGCAGAUCCGCAUUUUUGUGAGUUUGUGUGUGUGUGUGUCAAACACAUCAACAAAGUAGGCGAGAAACACUCGACAACAAAUCAUUCGGAAAAAAACUUUGUCUACUAAAAUUCGUGAACAAAGCAACAGCAUGCCGCGUCGUAAUAAAAAAUCAGGAGGUGGAAACGGAGGACCUGGAGGAAAAGGUCGCAACAAUGACUCUAAUUCUGAGGACGAAUCAUUCGAUAAUGUAAGCGUCUAUUCACAUGUCUCGGAGGUUGCCUCAUCUGAGGCCAACGAUGAACUGGCCAAUGAACGUUUCGAGGAGAAAUUCGAAAAGGCUUUGGAACAGGCAACUGAGAAAUCAGCUCAGACCCGUGUCCAAGCCCUGCAAGCCAUUUGCGAGCUACUAAUGCAUCGUUAUAUGCCCGAUUUUGUUGAGGAUCGUAAAAUGACUCUUAUGGAUUUCGUUGAGAAGAGCAUUCGACGUGGCAAGGGACAAGAACAGGUUUGGGGAGCACGUCUGGCUCCAUUGCUAGUACUUCAACUGGGCGGUGAGGAGGGCAUAUCAAAGGCCAUGAAUCAGUUUCUCUUGACAACAGUUCAGGAUAAAUCUGUGGGAUUCGAUGCACGUGCCAAAUGCUGCACAGCCCUGGGAUUGCUUAACUUUUUGGGCUGUGAGGAUGUAGGGGAAUUGGUUCAAUUGAUGCAGUUCUUCGAAACAAUUUUCUCGGGCAGUUAUCUACGCGGUGACGACAAGACCCCAAUUUCUGUGACAUCGGAGGCUGGAGCUCUACAUGCUGAGGCUUUGUCCUCAUGGGGAUUGCUUUUAACCUUGAUACCCGCUGGUGAUAGUGUGUCCCUAAUGACCACUGGCCAGAAUAUGUUCCCAUCUAUUAAGAAAUUCCUUGGACUAUUGCAAUCGCCACACUUGGAUGUUCGCAUGGCUGCUGGAGAAACUAUUGCCUUGAUAUUGGAAUCAGGUCGUGCCCAUGAUUCGGACUUCCUGGAGGAGAAUAUUCCUGAAUUAUGUGAUGCGGUUAAACAAUUGGCCACAGAUUCUCACAAAUAUCGUGCCAAACGUGAUCGUAAGGCUCAACGCGCCACAUUCCGUGAUGUUUUGCGUUAUUUAGAGGAGGACAUUUCACCGGAAAUUAAUAUACGCUUUGGCCAUGAGAGUUUGAUUCUGGAUUCCUGGUCCAUACACCAUCAAUAUUCGUCUUUGUGCACUGUCAUGGGUCCAGGUAUGACCAGUCAGUUGCAGGAGAAUGAAUUUAUACGUGACAUUUUUCAAUUGGGUCCACGUCCAACCAAUACUGGCAUCAAUGGCAAUGCCAAGGUCAAGCAAUCCAAACUGGAGCGCCAUCUGGUCAAUGCUGCCGCCUUCAAGGCACGUUCUAUUUCACGUGGCAAGAACCGUGACAAACGCUCGGCAGUUGUCACUUAAAACAAUCUGAUCAUCGCUAUCCAGGACUUACUAGUUGAAUUGUUUCCCUAAAUUUAAAAAGAGUUAUACAUUUAAGAUACACGUUAACCAACACAUUAACACUGGAUUUGGCAUAAUGAACACUGUGACAAAAUUUCAAAAAAAAAAAAACCAAGUUAAUAUGGAUUAUUCAUUAAAAUUGUUAUGCAAUUAUAACAAAAACAAAAAUUCGUUGAGUUAGUUGAGUGUUUCACUUCACUCAUUGCAUGUCAGGGUUUCAUUUUUAUUAUUUUUUCAUUUUAAUUUAGUUUUUAAAUGUACACAAUCCCUCACGUUGUUGAUCUUUUAUUCAUUCUAAAAAAAAACAUUUAAACACAUAAGAUAUAAUAAAUAUCUGCUGUCAUGUCGCUGCUAAAAAAGAAAAAAAAGACAAGUCAAAAUUUUUGAUUUGUCUUUACGCUUUUUUCUAAUAGGAUGCAUACAUUUUUGUAGGAUAUUUAAAUUAUAUAUAUAUGUAUACAUUUUAUAGGCAAAGUAUCUUGUAAAAUAAAUAAAUACAUAACUUUAGACUUAAACAAACAA